AUUAUGUUAAUUAAACUGCAGAGAAGCUCUACUAUUAUAACACUGAAUCGAUCAUGGCCAAAUCACGACGCAGGGUCUGAGCGUGUGUCAGUGUCCCAGCGUCUCCUCGCCGGUGUCAAGAGUACGCGCCAUGAUGUGCGUUCUGAAUAGUGCUUCACACCCAGCCGGUGCAUUUCCCAGCCUUCCGGAGUUCUCCACAAAUGAGCCAAAGAUUUGUCAAUGCGCACCAACUUGAGAAAAUGAGAAAUCAAACUGGGGGAUGAUUGUUCUGUGCCUCUGAACGGACUUGUGUUUUUUUAUUUUUUUUCGACCGGACUUAUUGAAUCCUUGUAGGCUAAACAUGGGGUUAUUCAGAAAUGAAACGGAAAUUUGGACAGAUGAGCAUAUGGACACGAACCACACGACAGACAGUAUCGGUCCGGAGGUUGUUAUUGUGCCCAUCAUAUUUGGAUGUAUAUUUUUCGUGGGAAUCAUAGGAAACACUCUAGUGAUGGUUGUCAUUGGGAAAAUAAAGUCGAGGCGCUCGAGAAGCACCACUAACAUUUUCAUCAUGAAUCUCAGUAUAGCAGACUUAUCUUUCCUUCUGUUUUGCGUCCCGUUUCAGGCCACCAUAUACUCUCUUCCCGAGUGGAUCUUCGGGGCAUUUCUGUGUAAAUAUGUGCACUAUUUUUUCACGGUCAGCAUGCUGGUGAGCAUUUUCACGCUUGUGGCCAUGUCGGUGGACAGGUACAUUGCCGUGGUGCUCUCCAAAAAGUCCCCGUGCAUUCGCAACCGGAGGAAUGCGCUCAUUGGCGUCAGUGUCAUUUGGAUGCUUUCUUUCAUCUUUGCAGUCCCUGCUGCGCAGCACCAAAUUUUGACGGAUCACCCCAAGGCUCCCAAUAGCACGUUCUGCUGGGAAAUAUGGACCGAACGGGUGGCCAAGCACACUUAUAAAGUGACUAUUCUCGUGACUGGGUAUCUGUUACCGUUGGUUUUGAUCACAUGCUGUUAUGCCAAGGUAUUGUACCAUCUUCAUAAAAAAAUGAAAAAUAUGUCCAAGAAGUCUGAACGGUCAAAGCGAAAGACAGCUCAGACGGUGCUGCUGGUUGUCACUGCGUUCCUCAUCUGCUGGAUGCCGCACCACAUUAUCGCUAUGUGGGUAGAAUUCGGCCAGUUCCCACUGAAUGAUGCUUCUUUUGCGUUUCGCAUCAUCUCUCACUGCCUAGCCUAUGGAAACUCCUGUGUCAACCCUAUCCUUUAUGCCUUCCUCUCUGAAAACUUCAGAAAAGCAUGCAAGCAGGUCUUCACGUGCCGUUUCUUUUACUCUCCUCCGCCCGUGGAGAAAGUGGUGCGCAUUCGCAUGGAGAACUUCUCCAUGACACAUUCCACCACCAACAUGUGACUCUAAACAUUUUAAAACUGUUAAAAACAUUUCUGUUGUUGUCUCUGCUUCAUGCCGUGCUGUCAUGGAUUACAUUUCAAGGUUUGACAGACAAGGACAGUGAAAAUUAUGUUACCUUGAGAAGUAAAACCAUAUGUAAUAUCUCAAUCCAUGUUUAUUAAAGGCAUUUGCCAAUAACUAUUUAAGCGUAAAUAGUGUUUGUCAAUGAAAUGUUUUUACAUUUUUAUGUUCACUGUUAAAUGUAUUAUUGUUAUUGAAAAUAAUUAAAACUUAUGUAGAGAUAAAUUUAAAUAUAUAAUUACUACAAUUAUACUAGAUAUUUUUGAGAGAAUCACUCUACAAAGAGCAUGUUUGUGAAGGAACUGUGCUGUCUGAACACCUUUUUGCAUAGUGUUUAUGUUGCCUCAGUUUAAACAUGCCAUAAACUUUAAUACUUACUUGUAUGCUGUAUGUCCAGUCUUAUGGUUAUAUAUCUAUUAUGAAAAGAAAAUAUUAUUGAAGUUUACCCCCUUAAAGAAUUCAAAUAAUAAAAAUGUCUAAUUCAAUGAACAAUAAAAUAUGUUUAAUUUUCUGGUCCUUUAAGAGCAAGUUAUUGUUUAAAGAGGAUGUCGUUAUCUUUAUCCCAGUGCUUGUGGUUAACUGUUUGACAUACCGGAGAUUGUCCUAAACAAAAGGCCAGUGGAAACUCUGUGUGUGUGUGCAUCUCUCACCAGUCUAUUACUCACGCCUCUCUGUGAGAUACCAGGGCCUUCAUUUAUCAACAGUGCGAACGCACAGAUGUGUGCGUAAUGAGUGCGUAAGCGCAGUUUCACACAAAGUGUGUGAUCUACCAACUUCUACUUACAGUAUAUGUAGGAAUGUGUGUAAAUAUAAGAACAAAAUAUAGAAACUUUUUUACACACUGUUGAUAAAUGAGGCACCAGGACAGGAUCUCUUAUAAACACAUUCUUUUUUUUUUUUUCUUAUUGUUUUUUAAUCAGGAAUGAGUCAAGAGUUUCGAAGCUUAGGAACUUGCCUUUGAAUUGACAAGAAACAUGCUGGAUGGCUUAUUUUCCAUGUCAGAUUCUUGUCAGGUGAAUAUGCUUGCAUAAGAUGCUACCAUCACAAAGCUAUUCACUCAUGCCUUUAAUCUUUGUGAAAUACAUCUCCAGAACAAUGCAGCUCUUACAAUAAUAUGGUAUAAUACCACUACAAAUGAUAACAACACAGUGCUGUAAGUAAACCCUAAAAAGACACUAUUUUUUCAGUUUGCAUAACUUUGGAAUGACUGAUUCAAAGUGCACACUGGUAACUUAAGUAUAUGAUGUGUACUCAGUAAAAUCAGCAGUGUAAUAUUUGCAGUGUUAAAAGUUAUUAAUUCCCAAAGAGUUGAAUUAACAAUCUACAGUGUUAUACAGUACUCAUGUUCAGUGUUGUAACAAUAAAGUGCAGAAUAAAAAAACCCACCAAACUGUCUGGACUCCGCCCUUCAAUGACUGUUGCCUCGCAAAGUGACAACACAAUUUAAUCUUCAUGCGACCUAGACGGUAAGUUGGAUUGCUUUUUGGUAUGAUUGGUGGUGAACACAUU